UUGUAUAUAAAAGCCAACACUGAGAUAUUACGAAAUACUUUCGAAAAAGGAUCAGUGAGGAUAACAUCGCAAUAUGGAAAAAUUCGUAUUUUUAUGUAUCGUGCUCAUGGCUUGUAGUCUUGAAGCUCAUAACGUGCAGUUAUCAAAAGAUCAAAAAGAAAAAGUACAACAAUACACCGUAGAAUGUAUCAAAGAAACCGGAGUUAAGACUGAGCUCAUAGAAGAAGCGAAAAAGGGCCAAUUAAGCGAUGAUGGGGGCUUCAAAAAAUUCUUAUUCUGCUUCUUUCAAAAAACAGGAAUGCUGACAUCUGAUGCAAAACUUAAUACUGAAGUCGCUUUAUCAAAGCUCCCGCCAGGAAUAGACAAAGCCGCAGCUUCGAAAUUGCUUGAUGAAUGUAAAGCGAAGAAGGGCAAGGACAGCGCAGACACAGCGUAUGAAAUCUUUAAAUGUUAUUAUAGUGGCACAAAACAACACGUAAUUUUUGCUUAGGUUUAUUUUAGAAGGUUAUUUUUAUGAAAUAAAUACUUUUUUU